GCGCGCUAACUUUCAUGUGACAAUCGCUAACCGAGAAGGCCGCUCAAUAAACUGACAAGUGUAAGACCCUCGUUUCGACAUCCAACGACUCUCACGACAUCAGCACUCUGCCGACAUGAAAAUGCAAUGAGCCGGCGCGUGAGCAGCAUCUCCACCACCGGCCCCGCUCCCGUCCGCCGCACCAGCAGCUAUGCGCCCUCGUCCACCUCCGACCGCCCACACCACAGCUUAAGCCGCCGAGCCUCCGCCCUCUCCAGCGCCGAGAAUGGCCAGCUCGAUCAACAGAUUUCCUCUGAAGAGGUCCGCGUCGCAGAGGAGAUAGCUGAGAUCAAGAGAUAUGAGGACUUCACGACGAUUGACUGGGUCCAGGAUGCCGCUCGCGAACAACAACGGCGCAAGUCGCGACGCUUGUCCCGAGUCGCUCACCAACAGUCCUUUGGUCGCGUAGGCUGGAGACGUAAAGUGUGGGAAGCAUACGAUGCUGGGCAAGGUUGGAUUGUUGUUACCUUGAUUGGUACGGCAAUCGGCCUCAAUGCUGCGUUCCUGAACAUCGUGACGGAAUGGCUAUCGGACAUCAAGCGAGGGCAUUGCACCACCGCAUUCUACCUGAACGAGAACUUCUGUUGCUGGGGAGCGGAAGAGGGGUGUAAAGAGUUUGUGCCUUGGUCAAGCUGGACGGUUGUGAACUAUGUGGUUUACAUCAUCUUCUCUACUCUCUUCGCAUUCACCAGCGCGAGACUGGUCAAGAGCUUCGCGCCCUACGCGGCAGGGAGUGGUAUCUCGGAGAUCAAAUGCAUCAUCGCAGGGUUCGUGAUGAAGGGCUUUCUUGGAUUCUGGACACUGUUGAUCAAGAGUAUUGGAUUACCUUUGGCCAUCGCCUCUGGACUGAGCGUGGGAAAGGAAGGGCCGAGUGUGCAUUAUGCCGUGUGCACCGGAAAUGUCAUCAGUCGCAUGUUCGACAAGUAUCGGCGCAAUGCCGCUAAGACGCGGGAGAUUCUGUCUGCAUGUGCUGCUGCUGGAGUGGCCGUUGCGUUUGGAAGUCCGAUUGGAGGAGUCCUAUUCAGUUUGGAGGAGAUGAGCAAUUACUUCCCACUGAAGACCAUGUGGAGGAGCUAUUUCUGCGCUCUGGUUGCAACAGCAGUGCUGGCUGCGAUGAAUCCCUUCCGCACCGGGCAGCUGGUCAUGUUCACUGUCAAAUAUGAUCGCACCUGGCACUUCUUCGAGAUUCCGUUCUACAUCAUGAUCGGAGUCUUUGGAGGCUGCUACGGCGCUUUUGUGAUGAAGUGGAAUAUGCGCGCACAGGCAUUCCGGAAACGUUACUUGACCAGAUUCCCCAUUCUUGAAGCAACAUUGCUCGCUCUAGGCACGGCUGUAAUUUGCUACUGGAACAUGUUUUUGCGCAUCGACAUGACGGAAAGCAUGGAGAUUCUCUUCCUUGAGUGCGAAGGUACCAACGAUUACAAUGGACUGUGCGACAAACAGAACCGCUGGUACAUGAUCUUCUCGCUGUUGGCAGCCACGAUUCUUCGGACGUUUCUGGUCAUCAUCUCAUAUGGUUGCAAGGUACCUGCUGGCAUAUUCGUGCCCUCCAUGGCGAUCGGUGCCUCCUUCGGGCGUAUGCUGGGCAUCAUUGUUGAAGCACUGCACCAAACCUUCCCUGAUGCAGCAUUCUUUUCGGCUUGUGAGCCAGAUGUGCCCUGUAUCACCCCGGGCACAUAUGCCUUUCUGGGAGCGGGCGCAGCUCUGUCAGGCAUCAUGCACUUGACAGUAUCUGUCGUGGUCAUCAUGUUCGAAUUGACCGGCGCGCUGACUUACAUUCUCCCCACUAUGAUCGUGGUCGGAGUGACCAAAGCUGUGUCGGAGCGAUUUGGCAAAGGAGGCAUUGCGGAUCGAAUGAUCUGGUUCAAUGGCUUUCCCUUCCUUGAUGGCAAGGAGGAGCAUACUUUUGGUGUACCUGUCAGCAAAUGCAUGACGGCUGACCCUACAGUAUUGCCCGCUACAGGACUGGCUCUCAAGCGAGUUGAGCAGAUCAUGGCAGACACCAAAUUUCAGGGUUUCCCAAUUGUCGAAGACACUAAGACAAACAUUCUGCUGGGCUACAUUGGCAGAGUCGAGCUCUUGUACGCCAUCGAACGCGCGAAGCGUGAGCAGCCCGUCUCUUCGUCUGCAAGGUGCUAUUUCAGUCCGCCUGAAGGCCCACGCACUGCAACGACUCCCUCUGCUGCCGCACCAGCCGUGUCCUUUGACGACAUUCCCGAAACAGGCGGCAGCAUGUCGAUCGAUUUCAGCAAGUUUGUCGACCCUACACCUCUUGCAGUACAUCCGCGUCUACCACUCGAGACAGUUAUGGAGUUCUUCAAGAAACUUGGUCCGCGAGUCAUCCUUGUCGAGCAUCGUGGCCGCUUGACGGGUUUAGUCACAGUGAAGGACUGUCUCAAGUUCCAAUUCCAGCACGAACAACACGAAAAUCCACGAGACGAUACCUCGCAGCUGCAGAGUCAAGAAAAGAUGUGGGUCUUACUCCGGGCAGCUGCCAUAUGGGUGCUAAUCAAACUCGACUGGGCGAGAAGCAAGGUCGGACUGGGAAGGCGUGUAACAUUGCAAAGCGGCGAGUAUGCGAAUAUUGCGGAAAGCCCUCGUGAGAGCGACACGUACCGAAACGAGCGAAGCACAGAAUUAGAUACUGAGGGCGCCGGUCCUGCGGCUGGAGGUGUGGAACUAGAAGAUAGAAGGGAAGUACUUAGCUAACCAGAAGCUCAAAUGCAUUCUUUCGUUGUACAAAUGUUUCGCCCAAUGCGCGGAUAUGUUUCUAUGCCACAUACUUCCUCAUCGGCAUUGACCCUGUAAAUGUCACUUUCGCAGUUGUCUCGCCAUCACAAUGCGUACCUCCAGACCUUUUCUUCCAGCACAGCUUGAUAUUUUGGUCCGAAAUCCGGUGCCACAAGCAACACUUCAGACCUCAGCUAAGCUCCCCCUUCGUACGAUAUUCCGCGCCGUAGCUUCCUUCACAGUACCAUGUGCCAAUAGCUGUAUCGCCAACAUGCUUUCGUGGAUAGCGUUCUCAUCAAAAUGGCGAAGGAUA